GAUCGCAUUUUCUUCCGAUAUCUGAUCUUUUCAAUUAUUUUUUCCGAGUGGAACGGAUAUAAAGAUGUUUUAUACUUUUUGAUAUCUAUACAAUUGAUAGCUGUAUAAGCAACUAUGAUACAUAAGUUACAGAUGCAACAAAAGAAAGAAGAAUGACACCACAAUCUUUUCUAUAUUUUUAUAAUAUUCCAAAAAAAAAAGAGAAGAAAUGAAACAUCCGUAGAAUUACCGUAUAAAUUUAUCGUACGGAAUAAUCGUCGAGAAAUGAAACGUGCUUCCACGCAUGGGUUACGCCAGCAGGAUAUUCUGACCAUAAGCCUCCUCUCCCAUUGACGAACUUGAAACGCAAUGCAACGCUUCGAGUCCAGUCAGUCGACGUUAUGGUCGUUGAGCGAUAAUCGAGUAUAAUCACUCACGGUUUUUGAUGGUAACGUUUAUGCGUUCAAAUAUAUUUCGACGCUAAGCUCGAUAACGAGGACGUCACUCAUCGUAAAAGGCGGUACGAAAGAACUGUCCAUCUUCAUCGAGAAAGAGAAAGAGAGAGAGAGAGGGAGAGAUAGAGAGAAAAAAAAGAAAGAGAAAGAGAGACAAGCGUAAACGAAAAGGACGUGGAGACACGGAUGAACGAAAUAGUUCGACUUUCGUGGUGCUCGAUCUCAAUCAUGUUUGGAGAAUCGGACGCGAAGAGUAGAUUACUAUCUGAGGUAGUCUCGAGAGAAAAUACGAUCUUCAAUUUGGGAGCCUUCGUAAGAAAUCGUAACGAAUGAGAUCUCUGAUCGAAGCGAAGGAAGAAGGGAAAUCGAUUUUCUUAUCCCCUUUUUCACCGUGAGUCUUAACAGUUAAUGAGUUUUUAUUUUCUUAAUUGAUCGAUACAGGACGGAGGAUAGAGUAAAUCUUUGUAAAACCUUCGGAAACUAGUUGUACUGAUGUAGUAAAUAUAUGUACGAACGAUUGAAACGAUAAAACCACCAAGGAAAUAUGUCGUGCGUUAAAAAUAUAUCAAUAACGGCGCUUACAUUGCUAUUAUCAUUUACCUUGGUGACUUCCAUUAGCAAAGAGUGUAAAAUCGAUAAUAAACGCGUUACAUGCCAGUGCGACGGGACUCAGAACUUGUAUCUACCGGACGAGUACAAUUACAAGAACGUGACGAGUCUGAGUUUAUCCUCGUGCUUGACGGCAAAUCUACUCUUCUCCAGUUUCACCGAGGCGAAUCAAAUCGAGGAACUCGUUGUGAAGAACAUCAGCGAACUUCUUACUUUAGAAUUGUUUCUUAAUACGGUUGAAUUGAAACGAUUCGAAUUGGCGAAUAUAAAGAGAAUACCGUUUGUCAAGCACGACACGUUCUUGAACAUAAGAAACAUCGAACACUUCGAGAUACGAAAUGUUCACAUCGAUUAUUUCGAAGAACAGUUUAUGGCAAUUAAAGUGAACCACUUUGUUAUGGCUAAUGUUACGAUAUCACGUAUAGAAGGAUUCAAUCUCUCGGAGAAGGGUGAAACUUUACAAAUUAGCAAUUGCAAAUUUCGAAACGUCUCGACGUCAUUAAACUUUGGACACUUCUCCAAAGUGGAGAUUGUUAAUUCGAAAUUUGAGUUGCAGAAAUCAGGACACCUUUCCAUUGAGAGCGACGUAGCGAUAGUUCGAGACAACAUUUUCUUUAACGUCAGCAUGAAUCUCUUCGCUGCGAGUAAUAUAACGAUAAAUAGCACGUGUGCGGAUGGUAAAAGUUCUCUCAGACUGUCGUCGAAUAAAAUCGAGAGUUACGGUAAUCGACUGCCCACAGCUAUCAUUUACACCAGAGGUCAACCGUCAAACGAAUCGGAAAACGUUUCGAAGAGCAACAACACCAUAUGCAAAGCGGGCAAUUGCAAGUGUCCAAAAAGCAAUGGGCAAAAUGCAAAUCGACCGAUCACGAUCGUAUGUUUUCUUGAGAUACUUUUGCUUUUCACGUAUUCGAUAGUUCGAUCGUAA